CUACUGACUUGGCAUGGACAGGACAUCAUUUAGCAUUAGUGUUUUCAAGUUGGUCAAAGUAAAGGCCAAAACAUGGAUGUGGUACAAAGUGGUAUUUGUAGCGUUAUUGAAACGGUGAUAGGAAGUGUGGAUUUUUCCAAUUUGUGUGUAAAUAACAUCAAGCUAGGUUAGCAUAAAUUGUUUGUUUACAUAAUGAUGUUUUGGAGAAUGAAAACGUGUCUUAAAAGAUUACACUUUAUAAAGUUUUAGAGCAUUAAAUAAGUUAUUUUCUGAUUCAUUUUACAAAAUGACAUCGCCAUCUACUGGCUUGGCAUGCACAUGACAUCGUUUAGCAUUAGUGUUCUCAAGUAAGUUGGUCAAAGUAAAGGCCAAAAAAGUGGAAGUGAUACAAAGUGGUCUUUAGAGCGCUAAUGUAAUGGUGACAUUAACUUUGCAUUUUUUGGAUUUGUGUGUCAAUAACAUCAAGCUAGUGGAGGCCGUGGUGGAGUUCGACUAUGAGGCCCAGCAGGACGACGAGUUGAGCCUGAGCGUGGGCGACGUCAUCGUGAACAUACGGCGAGACGACGGAGGAUGGUGGGAGGGCGAGCUGGGCGGCCGCAGGGGGCUCUUCCCUGACAACUUUGUAAGGGAGAUCAAGAAAGAGGCAAAGAGGGAUGGAGGGCAAGCCAAAGCGGACCUGGCCAACGGACGGGCAAGUCCUGUGUCUGAGGCCGCCACCAGACCGGCCAAGAAAGGGGACCAGAUCCGUAAGCGACGCUGCAAAGCGGCCUUCAGCUACGUGCCUCAACAUGAAGACGAGCUAGAACUAAAAAUUGGCGACAUCAUCGAAAUCGUAGCCGAGGUAGAGGAAGGCUGGUGGGAAGGCGUCCUUAAUGGCAAAAGCGGCAUGUUCCCCUCCAAUUUCACCAAAGAGAUCUUAUUGGACGCCGACCCCGAUACGCCCGCCUCGCAAGAGGAGCCCCUUGCCGCCCGCAACAGUAAGAACAGCCCCGGGAGCGAAAGCGACGGGGGUGACGCUCGAUCUGAAACUGGAUCUGGAGAAAUCCAGCCCAAAAAGGUGAGAGGAUUCGGCUUUGGUGACAUCUUCAAAGAUCAGCCCAUCAAGCUGCGCCCGCGAUCUGUGGACAUGGAGUCAGACGGGGAUAAGGUCGCCGAUUGGAAGACUGCAAACUCGGCGCCCACCGACAACAUGAAGGGUGACCCGGACAGUCGAGGAAAAGGUCGAGAACUGUGCAAAGUUCUCUUCCCGUAUGAAGCGCACAACGAGGACGAGCUAACCAUCAAAGAGGGCGAAAUCAUCACCAUCGUCACUAAGGACUGCGCCGACACGGGCUGGUGGAUGGGCGAAAUCGGCGGCAGGCAAGGCGUCUUCCCGGAUAACUUCGUUAAACUCCUCGAAAACGAGAAAGAGAGACCAAAGAAGCCUCCACCCCCCGGCGCGCCGGUCGCCAAACCCCCGACGGCGGAGAAAAAGUCGGAUGUGAAGAAAGUUCCUCCGGAGCGGCCCGAGCACCUGCCGCAAAGAGAACAGGAUCGAGGUGACGAAGUGGUCAAGCCCCCCCUUCCGACUGUCCUCCCCAAGAAAGUUUUUCCUCCUAAAACGUCAAAUUCCUCAUCCGCUACCCAACAACCCCCGAGACGCCCUGAGAGACCCCCCACCCUUGCGUGCGAAAGCCCCAAAUCUGAGGGCGGGGCUUCGACACCUGAACCUGCCCCUGACAAGUCUCAAAACAUGGAUUUGGACCUGGACGCGGUGGUUCCCACGGCAGAGAAGCUCAGUCACCCCACGGCGUCGCGGCCCAGAGUCACCGACCGUCGGCCUCGCUCGCAAAUCAUCAUUUCGGUACCUGAGAGUAAACCUCAAGUCACUACCAAGCCGUCGGCUCUGCUUCCCGCAUCGCCGCCUUCCCCCUCAGCGCUUUCCGGCCCAGCCCCGGAGCUGCGGCAGACGUCGCCCGUGACGGCGCCCUCGCUGGAGGACCUGAGGAAACAGCUGCGAGAGCUGCGCGGCUCCGUGGAGCUGCUCAAGACUCAGCACAGGCAGGAGAUGAAGCAGCUUGCCGGCACGCUGGACGAGGAGAAGAAGAUACGACUCAGUUUACAGAUGGAAGUGGAGCACAUAAAGAAGAUUCUGUCCAAAUGAGCCCUGGUCGAAACAAUGUUUGUGCCAAAAAGAUCGCGACGACGCCACCUGCGGCGAGCUUCGUGGACUAACACAACCUUGCACCCCUAAACCCCGCCCCUGCCAUGAUGUCGCCUUACCUUGCGUUCCUCUUCCGUUCAUUUCCUACCAGCCUUUUCGCGUCAUUCAAAAAGGUACUCGCGUGAAACGGGUGGCGGAGGCCCAUCGGAACCCCCGCGGGCCGGCCGGUUCGGACCGCCGCCUUUUUAACUUGUUGGCUGCCAUUGACGGCAAUAGUAAAUUUUGACGAAUGUUUGAGUUUAUCACUAAUAGACGUCCCUCUAUCACCGUCAAUGGCAGCCAAUGAGUUAACUAAGCUGUGUGUGUGCUUGCGUGCGUGAGAUAGUUUAGCUCCAAAUGGAUGUUUUUCGUUAUGUCAUGCGUCGCUCAUUCGCCCACGUUUUAUUAAUAUAUCUUAACGUGAUAUUGUAUUAUUGUUAUAAUCUCACCAAAAGUUCGGGUGGAAGACCCUAAAAUGUGAACUUGAAGCCCGUCGCACACUAAGUGGACAUUUUUCUUCCACUUUAAAAUGAAUCCAGAUUGACGUCUUUAGCGAACCGCUUUUGGCCCUGGAGCCGUAUGUUGGACAAGUUUUAAAGGGAUCCACGGAUAGAAAGGCUUGUAGUUCUUAAAAGAUAAACGUUAUUAUGAGUUAAAAGUUUGAUAUUGAAAUCACUCUUGAUGUUUUCGUUUUUAUACAAUUUGUAAAAUGAGUUGAACUAGUAGGUCGCCAUUGUUGUUGACGUCGCAUGGUUACGCUGCCGGGCUUCCUCUAGCGACAUAAACAUGUCAUCUGUUCAACUCAAAAGAAACAUUAAUGAGCAUGACCGCACUAUCGAUAUUUCACAAAACGAGCAGCAAAAGCAAAAUGAACGGGAAAGACGGGAUGAGACGGGGGGGGGGGGGGGGCUGUUGUUCUUUCAAAAUGUGCUGUACUGGCAAAACGUCCUACAAGAGAUGAAUUUGACACCCAAAGUACCACCGUGCCCUUUUAGCUUGUUUUGUUUCAAUGCAUACAAACAGAACAUACUAAAAAUGCCUUAAGAAAAUACUUAAACGUAGAAAUAUCAAAUAAGGGUGGUUUUAAUACUCUACGUGACUAAUGUGGUCAACAGAUCAAGAAUCUGCCUUAAAGCUACGACAAGAAAACACUAUGCUUAAAGGUAUGAGAGGGAAACACAUGCAAAAAGUAUUUUGAGGCAAUGAAAAGGUUAGUAAAAGACUCAAUUAGUGCUGCAGCUAUCGAUUAUUUAGGUAAUCGAUUAAUCUAUCGAUUAGUUUGUCCGACUAAUGGAGUAACUGGAUUACGAACACUUAAUGCAUUGCAGAAUCGGUUUUAUUUUUAGCUUUUUUUUUUUUUUUUUUUGUAGCUUAAAUGCUAUAAAAUGCUAAUUUUUUUUUUUACAAAGCUCGUAACGAAUCGUUCAAACAUUCCAACAAAAAACAGCUAAAUAUACUUCUGAACUAAAUAAUGAAUUAGGGCUGCAGCUAUCGAUUAUUUUAGUAGUCGAUUAAUUGAUGAACUAGUUUGAAUAAUCGAGUAAUCGGAUAAGGAACAUGAAAAACUAAAGUACCUGAGCUGAGCCUCAAACGGUAUAAAAAAAUAAAUAAGGCUCUAUGUACAACAAAAGAACAACUGGCUAACAUACAUAGCAAAAGGCUGCUAGCGUAAAUGCUAUAAACGCUAAUGUUUUCUUUCUUACAAUGCUCUAAACAAAUGGUUCAGACACAUAUUCCCCCCAAAAAUGGCUAAAUAUAUCUAUAAACUACAUUACAAAUGCAUUAAAAACAUUAGCUUAAACAAAAACUUAGUUUUUGUUGGUCUUAACAAGGAGUAGCUGGUUUCAGCCAUGCGAAAUGAGGCAGUGUAUCCACCCAAAUCGAUAAAACUAAAUGCAAACACUUUCAAAAUAAACCAUUACAAUGCCACAUUAAUUAAGCGAAUACUCAAAGCAACAAAAUUUAAUUCAAAUCUUUUUUUCUAAUCGAAUACUCGAGUUAAUCGAUUAAUCGUUGCAGCACUAUAACGCAUGCAUAAACAAACAUAAUAGCUCAAACAAAAACAUACCUUAUGUUGGUCUUAACUGGGAGCAGCUGGAUUCAUCCAUGUUAGAUGAGUUGUAUCAUAUUCACUAUUGCCACUAGAGGACAGUGUAUCCACUCAAAUAAAAAAAACUAAAUACAACAUGUUCAAAACGAACAAUUACAACGUUACUCUAAUUAAACGAGUCCUCGAAGCAGUAAAAUUUGAUCUGAAACUUUUUUCUAAUCGAGUUACUCGAUUUGAACGAUUAAUAGUUGCAGCACUAGACUCAAUAAAUACACAAAUUGUAACAACUCGCCACUUUUAACCGAUGUGCACAUGUAUUGGACGUCUCUCCGCGUAGAAAGAAUUGGAGUAAUCCGGUACUGUUCUUCGAGUGACAGUGACAAUCUACAUCAUCACUCAUAAAACAUGGCGCCCUCCGUAGGUCAAAACAUGUACUAAAUAUGAUAGAUUUUUAAGUCAAUGAUAAUAUUUUAUGUGUUUCUAAUAACAUAUUUUAGUAAAAGAGAACAAUUGUGGCUUAUUAGAGCCUACAAGUCUUUAAGUCCGAGGUUCCCUUUAAAACUUACAAAAUGACUUGAAAAUACUCGUCUUUCAGACACAGGGCGUUUGAUGUACUUUACAUUCCAUUGAAAUAGUAAGGGCGCCCCCCACAGGCACAAACAGGCUAAAUGCGCGCUAAUGCAUGAGCACAUUUGCGUAUGUGAAUAUGAUUACUGUCUAGUUUGUACGAUGGAGUAUUAGGGUCACACAAAGAAAGGGGGGGGGGUAAUAAUACGAGUAGGGGUGGGCUCACGAUAUGAAAAAAAAAAAAAAAAAGCUAUUUUUAUCAUUCCGCUCUGAGUUUAACACUAGUAGACAAACGUUCAUUCGCAGCCACCCACCCAGUUCAAAUAAAUUGGACGACUAUGACCGUCAGUGGCAGACAGUAAGUUCAUUUUGGGGCAUUUCACUUCAUUUCCUGUUGAUGUUUGGUCACUUCCUGUUGAUUUUGGGGCAUUUACAGUCCACUUCACACCUUUAAAAACGUUAUAUCAAUUCUCGGUGGUAGCAUAUAGAUAACCUUUUGGACUGCAAAGUAUCGUUAUAUAUCAUCUUUUCGAUUUACAGGUAGUCUCCGGGUUGUGAACAAGUUCCAUUCCAUUGCUGGCGACGUAACCCGAAUUUCCUUGUAGGUCGGAAUUAUCCCUUUAAGUACCCCUGAAUACCCUAUACAUCUCAAAAUAACUAUCCAAAAACAUGUACUAUACAUCAUUUAAUAAAAUAAAGUAUAAAAAUAACAUACUGUACUUACACCGUCAAUGCUAAAAGGUGUAACUGUUAAGCCCCUUUCAGACCUACGCUGAACUUCAGUUAAGUCCCGGGAUUUUAAUCGGGUAGCCCUUAUAUCUGACAUGGCUAUGAUACCGACAUUAACCGGGUUGCGUCCUAGUAAAAUGUCCGGGACUUAACCAGGACGCGGCAAAUAUGAAACCAGCCUGUUAAUUCCAGGAUCAAAGCGCGUAGGCUGAUGACUUAAUUAUCACGACGGGCCGAUCGUCAUUUCCUUUUUCUUCGUAGUAAUACAAAAAUCAGUGAAAAAUAUCGCAAUCGUCAACAUUGCGAACUGGAAAGAAAUGAAAUGGAACUGAAAUUGCUACAGGAUCUUAGAACGUGGAAGAGACAGUCCAUCGUCUUUGGAAAUGCGUGGUUUAUUUUGUUGCUAAUGCCAACCAAAAAUGACGUAAUGUCCAGGUUAUAAAAUCCCGUCCCCCGCUCAGAGAGCGGCGAGUUGCCAACACGGGACAAUUCUGAAGGUGUCCAACCCGAGUAAUCCCCGGUACAUCUCCCCAUGUCUUAAAGCCAUGACACGGGUAAACACCACGUCACAUUACACAGGAAUUUAGCGUCUGAAAGUCUGAAAGGGGCUUUGCGCGCGCGACUAAAAAAAUACGUCUGGAGACAGAAUAGCGGACGGGACUCUGGCAUCGUUAAGUCGAAAUCACAAGUAGGGUACGUCACAACCCGAGGACUACCUGUAUAGUCACACCCCAAUUUCAGAGAUUUAAAUCAUACGUCGUAAUAUUACGAAAAAAUAGUUUCGUACUUGACAAAAUUAUUUUUAAGUGCUACGUCUCGUAACAUUACGUAAAGUUGCAUAAAAUGUACGAUUUAGCCGUGCUCCAUACAUCGUUACGUGAAAUUACAAAUUUAAUCUCGCAAUUUUUUUCAUAGGUCUAUUUUUUUUUUCUUUGUGUAACCCUAAUACCCAUAGGUUUGCCUUCACACAAUUAAAAAUGUUCAUUUGAAAAUAAGGUGCACUUUUUCGACCUCACCGGAGAUGCAUGACGGUCACGUCACGUCGGAAUAGAAGGAACGUAUGUAUGCGUGAUCACGUGCACGUUAGCUUCCUCCUCCGUACGCGCACAAACUAUGGCAACACAUCACUGUGGCCUUCCUCUUUCACUUCUUUUUUUUGUUGUUUUGUUUCUGUCAUACGAACAAGAAAACAACCGAGGCUGCAAAUUGUUUUCUUGACUUGGUCCUCUUUCUCCGGGAUAGUGAUGACAUAAAUAUAUAUAUAAAUCUAUAUAUUCUUUUAUAUUUGGGUGUAAUAAAGAUGAUAUUAUGUACUGUAUGUGUUGGUGAUUUUGUUGUUGUGUUGUUGUUGUUGACGACUAUGUAUUAGCGUAUUAGCUGCAAUUGAUAGGCAUCCAAUUGAUUCAACCUUUUUGGUUUUUUUUGCUGAAGUAGAACAUUUAUUUGGUUUUCCAAGUUUUACAAAGUCCAUAUGUUUUGGUUUAAAAAAAACAAAACAAUUACUGAAUAAAAUAGGACUAAAUCACAACAUUGGAAACAUGAAAUACAAUUUUAAAAAUAUUAGAAUUAAGAAAUUGGAUGUGAAAAACAGAUUUAAAUUUAAGUAUAAACACAGUAUAUCGUCUUUCAUAUCCAGUACGGUUGCAUUUGUUUUCAGUACAUUUAUAUUUUUAACUCAUAUUUAAUAUAGGCCUAUCGUCA